ACGGAUGUAGCAGAUAACAUUACACGUACAGAUAUAGAGCAGAGCAGAGGUAAAACUCCAGUAGCCGUUGAACAGAGGGGGAGAGAGAGACAGCGAGGAAGAGGAAUGAAUUCCUCGCUGAUGCUUCGUCGUUGUUUCUGUUUCCAGAGUUCCACCUCUUCAUCUUCUUCUCUAAGCUUCUGUUCCAAGAAGAAGCCCCUUGUCUUCUUGGGCUCUCCUCAGGUCUCUGCAACAGUCCUUGAUACCCUUCUCAGUGCAUCUACUGCUCCAGACUCCUUGUUUGAGGUUGCAGCAAUUGUUACUCAGCCGCCUUCUAGAAGGAAUAGAGGGGGAAAGGUGAUGCCUUCUCCAUUGGCUCAGUAUGCUCUGGACAGAGGCUUCUCUUCUGACCUCAUUUUCACACCUGAGAAGGCUGGAGAGGACAUGUUCUUGUCAAAUUUAAAAGCUUUGCAUCCAGAACUCUGCAUUACAGCAGCAUAUGGGAAUAUUUUACCCAGCAAGUUUCUCAAUAUUCCACCAUUGGGGACAGUGAACAUACACCCCAGUCUGCUGCCACUGUACCGUGGUGCUGCCCCUGUUCAAAGAGCAUUGCAGGAUGGUGUUAAAGAAACAGGAGUAUCAUUGGCAUUCACGGUGCGUGCACUUGAUGCUGGACCUGUCAUUACCUGUGAAAGAUUGGAAGUUGAUGAUCAAAUUAAGGCACCUGAUUUACUUGAAUUGCUAUUUUCUGAAGGGUCUAAACUUCUAAUCCGUGAACUUCCUUCUAUAUUUGACGGAUCAGCUAGGGUGAAAGCACAACCCCAGGAUGACUCUAAAGCUACCUUAGCUCCAAAGAUAAGUCCUGAAGAGUCGUGGCUAUCUUUUGAUGAAGAAGCUCUAGUCCUACAUAAUAAGGUUCGUGCAUUUGCAGGGUGGCCUGGAACCCGAGCUAAGAUUGUAGUUAUUGAUGAGAAAAAUGGUCACCAGAAUAUCGUAGAGCUUAAAAUUAUCACUACGAGAGUUUGUGGCCUAAGAAAUAUUCAGGGCAAUGUUGAUGACAUUACUUUUGUCAAGGGUGUCUUGGUAUUUCCAUGCGGAGGGAACACAGCACUUGAGGUUUUGGAACUUCAACUUCCUGGGAAGAAGGUGUAUAGUGCGGCUGCCUUUUGGAAUGGCUUGCGAGGUCAGAAGCUGAAAAAGUUAUGACAAAUGGAUCAUUUUAUUUAGGCGGCAUUUAAGAUUUAGGUUGAGGUUCAAGUUAGGAAAAUUUGUGGAGUCAUCAUUUUUUCUGUCAUUUUAUGUUUUUGUUUCUGUUGUCCAUUUGCCAUUGUUUUCAAUUCAUGUACAACUACAAGCAAACUUUCAGCUGCAAUUGAUAUUCAAAUUUCAUUUAAACAAGAGCUACGUUGGAGACUUUCUAAGCUCUCCUCCCAUUAUAUAUGUGCUUGUUGUGCUGUA